CAUGACUGUUCGAAAUGCCCAUGUCAACAUCGCGCAUCUCGAGUCAUGACAGCAGCAGACCGGAGACUAAAAAUAGAAGAACAUCGGAUGCAAAGGUGAUGUGCCUCUUCUUACCAGAUUGCUUCACAGACCCCCUGAUGUCGACAUCCGCCAUCGCCCGCUGUUAUCAUGCCGGACACUACCCUUAAUUCCCAAACCGCCCGGCCGACAGCACGCAGAUCCAUCUUUGACAAAGGACCAACUUUCUCCCUCGAAACUUUCUCCAAUCGCGAUUUCAUUGUAAAGGACUUUAUCGAGUCGCUCUCCGACAGCGCCAUCUCCUCCACCCAACGUCGCUCCGGCGCCAUCGGAAACCAAGGCUUCGAUCCUAAACCGCUGAUUCGCACUUUCGAACACGCCCAACGUCGCCUCGUCGACCUAUCUGGAGACCUCGAGCUCCGUGAGAAUGAGCUCUCGGCGGCUGUCCGGAGAGCAGAAGCCCAACAUUCUCAGAACGUGACCACUCUGGGCCGCAAGCUCAACCAGGCGAUCGAGUCCUUCCAGAAACUGGACUCGUCGUUGAACGGACCCCGCGCCAUUGGUAGUGAACUGUCCGGCAGUGGGAAUGUUGCCGUCGAGACGGGUCGGAAGCUGGAAGAGCUUGACCGACAGAGACGGAGAGCUCUAGAUGCGCAUUUCCUCAUUGAAUGCUGGGACGAAGUUAGCAAUCGCGGUGAAGUGACGCUCCUCGAAAACAUGAGAAGAACGGGAGGCGGCGAGGGAAUGGUCAGGUCCGCACAUAUCGCCCGGCAAUUGCUGCGAAUCAGCCAGAGGCUGGAUCCUCUGAGCUGGAGUGAGACCAACGGGAACGUAGAGGUUCGGCCUAACGGCCAGAGGAAAACGAAUACAAGAGAGCUGAUAGAGAAAUUCUCCGAGACGCUUGAAAAGGAUCUCCUGAAACAGUUUGAUGAUUUCUACCGGAGAGCUAAUUUUGACGGGAUGAGAGAAUGCGCAAAGGUCCUGCAUGAUUUCAAUGGUGGUGCCAGCGUCAUUGGCCUCUUCGUUAAUCAGCACCAGUUCUUUAUUGACCGGAGCCAGUUAAUCACUGAUGAAGCCGUCGGUGACCCUGAGACAUGGGAGCGUCUGGCAGAUCCUGACGCUGAACCUCCAGGCGUGGAGCCCAGUCUUCAGUCCCUGGUCGACGAGGUUAAAGUGGUAGUGCAAGAAGAAUCGGGGAUUAUAAAACGAACAUUUCCAUUUUAUGAACAGGUGCUUGGGACAUUUGUACAGAGAGUGUUCCAGCAGUCUAUACAGCAGCAGCUUGAAUUGGUACUGGACAAGGCUAAUAGUGUUUCCUCAUUGGCGUUUUUGAGAUCUCUACAGACAGCAAGGGCUUAUAUUAGCGGCUUAGUAGAUGACUUGAAAGCUCAUGGGUUAACCGAACACCCAGACACAAUUUCCUCCCAGACAUCAAUGGUUCUAGACCAGCAGCUUGAAGACCUUUUUAUCCCUUAUCUUACAGGGUAUAGUGAACGGGAAAAGGGGAACUUGGGAGAGCAGUACACCUCGCUCUUGUUCAAGUUUGCCACUUUCCAUGCGCGCCGCAAGAAGACCCCAACUACCUUUAUAUCCUCCCUCGCUAAAUCCGGCAGCGAACUGCUAGCUUCCGCUCGGGAGGCAUACAUGAACCGGCUUGAUUCGUCUGACUUUACGCCGACUCAAAGAAAGAUGUUGCUUCGUGUCGCUGGUCUGAAGGAUGUCGAUGACCAGAAGCAAGUUGAAAUCGAGCUCACGGACGAAGAUGGUCAGCUUAGUGUUGAAUUCACCAAGCGCAUGCUCCGAUGGCUUGCAGAAGGUGUUGGUCGAGGACUAGAAUUGAACGUGGGCAGUGAAACUCCGAAGGAUGUUUCGGCUUUGCUGAAUAUGCUGCUAUCCGUGAUGGCUGAGGGCUACGUUGAUAUGGCAUUGGAUGCGUCCCUGGAAUCUGCCGCCGCUCAAGAGUCCGCAAAGUCGGAGCCAGAGUUUGGUUAUUUGACCACGUUGCGCACGGCAGUUAGCAUUGCCCAUUUGAUAAUUACUUGCAUAAAUACGGUGUUAAUGCCGCUGGCCUCUUCGAAUAUUACGAUCCGGAGAGAUAUGGAGAAGAAAACCAAUUUUGCGACAAAUCGAAUCGAGGAAAAGAUCAACGCAAUCGAACAGAAAACUGUAGACGUUGCGCUCGCCUGGGUUACACGUGUGCUUUCGGGACAAAAGAGGAAUGAUUUCCGGCCGAAAGAAGGCGUGACGGAAGCCGGCGCGGGAUGGCUGGAGAUGCUUCAAACUCCGACCUGUGCCUCUAUAUCUGGCUUCCUCACCCGACUUCACAGCGUUGCUCUUAACUCUCUCCCCAGCAGCGGUUCUAACGUCAAAACUUUCCUUACAGAAAUCGCGUUAGGAACUCGUGCGCUCCUACUAGAGCAUUUCAAAAAAUUCCCUGUUAACGGCCCAGGCGGUCUCAUGGUCACUAAGGACAUGACCCGCUAUACAGAGCUACUUCGAUCCUGGGACAUCGACGAAGGAGUCAAGGGUAUUGGCGGCGCUCUUGAUGUGUUGCUAGAAGUGGGCAGUCUGUUCGUUGUUGGGCCCGAAGCUUUGAGAGAAAGAAUUCGUGCCGGAACCACCGGUGGCUCUGGCGGAGGGGGUGGUGGCGGCACGAAUACCUCUCAGGGCAAGUCAAACGUCGCUUUGAGCGUCCAGGAAGUUCGUGCCUAUGUCCUGCGCCGCGAAGACUCGGGGACUGUUGGCAUGCAAAGUGUUCUCAACUCCCUAUGACAAGUGAAGCUUGCUUCUGUUGAUGGCUAACUUUUUAUGAGCCAGGAGAUGGACAUUUUCGCUCGUGGCACACAUUCAAUCAUUCCUCUUUAUUCGAUUGCUGUUUCACAUAUGUUUAUAGUGUUGCACAUAAUGGUAAUUUUUUACUGCAAGCAUCUGUGGUUUCCCAAUUUAUGCUGUUGAUACUUGAUAGUUUCCGCUAAAACUAUGAGACACAGGCGCGAUGUUUGUACACUACUGGAUGAAGACACCGCAAUGAUGGAUUUUUCUUUUUAAUACUCACCUAUUCUUGUUCCUUUCCAGGUGUGCUCCUUGCUCCAUGAUAUCUGGAUUUAGAUUUGGCAGGCCUAAAGGUUAUGACUGUAGCCUUUGGGCUAAGGGUUUCCUUUUGUUUGGGUCGCCUGGUCUCCAUGGCCCAAGCUCUGCCACAAUUGGGCUUCGUGAUAGGUUGCCUCAUGCUACAGGAUAGUUCUGUGGGGUGUGUGUGUGUGUGUGUCCAAGUCACAAUUAUCAUGUCUAUCUUCCUAGAGGAUAUUAAUCUAGGGAGGGUCUGAUAGAGGGUGUUCCACACUCCUAUAUGAUACUCGGAUGCUCAACAAUAGCUUUCCUGGGCAUGAUAAGGUUGGAGAUGGGUCCUUUCUAUCAAUGAGGAUAUUUGAUAUGAUGUACGAAGACAUGCAGCCGACCUUCCUCAGGGCAACUACCACAUAAUGCUCAGCACCUGUUUAUU